AGCAGAAAUCCAGUGAGUCUAGCUGCAACAGGAGCUCACUCCUUGGCUUUGUUGACAUUUGUCUUAGUUAUUUUUCCUCUCAUUCUUCCUCUCUCGUUUUUGGUCUCUGUCUCGUGUGGUCAUGUUUGGUUUCAGGUGCCUUGUUUAAUCCCACUCUCCUGGCCUGAGAGAGAUAAGGAGGAGUGAAACUGCAGGCGAGAAGUGAGCAACAAGAUAAAAUGGAUAGCAGAGGCAAGAAGCCUGGUGGGUGGAAUAUUGUGCUGCUAGGGAACAUUGGAAAGGAAAGCGGAGACACCCAGGAUUUCCAUAAAGCCAGCGGCUCAGGUUUUCAGGAUUACUAGCUCUUUCCUUCUCUACAUGCUGGGCAAGAAUCCAGAUGGGAAAACGGAUAAUUCCUUCUUCCUGUAUUUUCCAGCCCAGCUUCUGUGCUAUUUUGCUGCUAUGGACAACAUCCCUGUAAGGAGCUUUCUGCCUGUUGGCAUCUAAAUAACACCUGUGGCGCCGUUGCCUUGGGAGAGACGGGGAAGGGGUGAGGGCAAGAAUCAGCUCAGCUGACACUCCCUCCCCUUUGACCGUCAUCACCAAGGACUUGUCUACACUACAAAAUUAAGUUGACUUAAGGUUGACUGCAUUGGUUGGGCCUCACUUAUGUUGCACCACUCAUGGCUUGCGACUCCAAACAGAAGCAGAGGAGUGAAUGAAUUGAGGCCUGAGCACAGGGGGGCCACGCCCUGUAUCCAGCAGCCAUGCUCCUCCGAGGACUGCGGCUCCAUAGGAAGUGGUGCCGUUUUUCCAGUCCCAUUACUCAGUUCCUUACCUUAACUGUGGUAACGUUUGGCGUGUUGGCUCCCUUGAUUUGCCACCGGCUGCUCCACUCCUAUUUUUACGUACGCCGCUGGCAUCUGAACCCCAUGAGCGAGGAGUUCCUGAAGCAAAACCAGGAGGAUGGCCAGACUGCCCUCCGUUACUUUGAGGGCCUGCGGACUCCUAACUCCUUGGAGAUCUCAGGUGACAAGUCCCUCAGACCAUGGCUGCUCAUCACCAUCGUCACCGUGCAGAGGCGGAAUGAGUUCCACUACGUCCUGCAGGUAGCUUCCCGCUUCCACCGCCUCCUCCAGCAGUGUGGCCCUCGCUGCCAGAGCUACCAGAUCUUUAUCUGUAAUGUGGAGCAGGACCUGGGCAACCACCAGGACGCCAGGCUGUUGGGUAACUUCUUUGCAAUGGUCAGCCGCUACAAAAACUGGGAGGACCCCGAUGCCGCAGUGAACCAGUUUGAAAAAGAGAAGCGGGACUAUGCAUUCUGCAUGGAGCAGUCGCUGUUGGCCUACAAUCCAGAGUACAUCCUUCUCGUGGAAGACGAUGCUGUUCCCGAAGAGGAGAUAUUUCCCGUCCUGCAGCACCUGCUGUUGGAACGGCUCUCAAAGCCACACCUCAGAGAUGCCCUCUACCUGAAGUUGUACCAUCCCGAGCGGCUUCAGCACUAUAUAAACCCAGAGCCCAUGAGGAUCCUGGAGUGGCUCGGCCUGGGCAUGUUUCUGGGCCCCCUGCUGAGCUUUGUGUACUCCUGGGUGUCUAGCCGCCCAAGCCUUACCUGGCCCAUCGUCCUGUUCUUUGCCUUGUACAGCAUGGCACUAGCAGAACUGGUGGGUCGCCACUACCUGCUGGAGCUGCGCCGGCUGACCCCUGUGCUCUACAACGUGGUGCCAGUCACCGAGUGCUGCAUGCCCGCCAUGGUGUUCUCCGCGUCUUCCGCCCACCGUGCCUUAGGUUACCUUCAGGAGCUGCACUGCCGUCCGGGCUUUGCCAAGGACACUGCACUCUACUCUCUGUUGCGCAUCAAGGAUGAGAGGGCCUACGUGGUAGAGCCCAAUUUGGUCAGGCACGUGGGGUUGUUUUCCAGCCUCAGGCCAAAUAACGUCCCUAAACUACUGUGACCCACCAAGAACUGCCUUUAUGGAAAAACUGGGAGCCAAGGGAGCCUUGUCCUUGGACAGAUAUAUCAGGUGUGACUCCAGAGGUCAUGCCAGUUACAACUGUGCUCAGAACUACCAGCGCCACCUAGUGGAGGGAAAGGAAA